AUGGAGGACGCCAUCGACCUCGACCUCGACGCCGCUGCCGGCCUUGCCUCCCUCGCCUCGUCCGGCGCCGUUGCCCUCUCCGGGAAAGGCAAGCCUCGUGCCCCGCGCAAGACCGCCGCCGCGACCAAGCCGAAGAAGGCGCUGACGCCCGAACAGCGGGCAAGGGAGUUGGCCAAGAGGAAGGGCCGGAGGCACGCCGCGGACGCGAGGGAUGAGGCCGCCGCGCAGGCCGCCGCGGCAACGAGGGAGGCGCUCUACAUGCUAGGGAUAAACCCUAGCCAGCACAGCGUCCUCCAAGCCGCCGUCGCCGCGGCCAGCACCGGCUCGUCGGUGUUUCCUCGGAUGGUGCUGCCCGACUCACCCCGCGCGUCGACUUGCAACCCGGUCCCCGGCUUCCACGUCUACCCGCAGGCCUCCCGCCUCUUCGGGGAGUGCUCACCCGACGUGAGCGUGGUUGCGCCUUCCAUGCCCGCGCCCGCGCCCAUCGACCUCAACGCCACCCCGGUGGUCGGUGGCUCGUCGUCCGGCGGCACGAGGAAACGCGCGCGACAGACGCCGGCUGGCGGGCUCCCGGACGCCCGUAACCUGUUCGAGGAAAUGCCGUCCACCGUCGACGAGGACUACAUGCAAAACCUCAUCUUCGAGGGUGGUGCGCCAGGCGCUGGCUACGAUCCCGACGAGACACAAAGCCAGGACGGCCGCGGGGCGUUCACGCCGGCCGCUGGCUAUGAUCCCGAUCAGGCGGCCUUCAUGCGUGAUCAGGUCGGCAUCGAUCUGGACGGCUUCCCCCUCGACCACGAGUUCCCGGAGGACUAUGGGCUAGAGGAAGAGGACGAGUGCGACAUCGAAGUGGAGCCUUUGUUCGAGGACGAGCUCGCCAACCAAACCGCCGGUCCUAAGCCGAAGCGCAAGAGAAAGUGCACGAAGGCGUACACAGCUGCUGAGGACAAGCUUCUUUGCGAGUGUUGGCGAGACAUUGGACAAGACCCAAAGACAGGCGCCGAGCAAAAGCAUUCGACCUUUUGGACUCGUGUGCACCGCGAGUUUCAUGAGCGCAAGAAGUUUCCACCUUACCAAUUUGUGAGCACGCGCGGGUGGGUCUCCAUUUCCAAGAGGUGGAGGGUGAUCCAACAAGAGUGCAACAAGUUUUGCGCCCCCCUUGAGAGCGUCAAGGCCCGCCCUGUGAGCGGCAUCGGCAUGCAAGACAUGGCAUUUCAAGCUUUGGAGGCAUUCAAGGUUCAACACAAUGGCAAGUGCUUCAACCUCUCCCAUUGCUAUCGGGUCAUCAAGGAUGAAGAGAAGUUCAAGGCACAAUAUGCCGCACUCAAGGCACGUGGGGGGAAGGGCGUCGUGGAGGAUGUUGGGGAGGGCGAGCCGGCACGGCCGUGGGGGAAGACCAACUCCAAGAAGGAGGACAAGCGAGAUGCGGCCACCAACGCCUUGAUCGCAAGCGUGGACGGCAUGAUGAAUAAAAAGGACUCAAGGGAGGAGGAGCGCCGGCGUUUUAAGGCGGAGCAAAUGGAUGCUUUCAUGGAGAUCCAAAGAAGGAGGCUUGAUCUUGACGCCGAGAAGCAAGCCAAGAUGUUCGAGCUCGAGGCGGAGAAGCAAGCCAAGAUGCUAGAGAUCGAGGCCGCCAACGCCAAGACAAAGGCGAAAGAAGUGGCUCUUGCAAGCAUGAUGACCAGGGUGGAGAUCAUGAAGGUGGAUCUCAACGCCUUGUCACCAAGGAAGAGGCCGUGGUUCGAGAAGAUGCAGGCCGACAUGCUCAAGUUCGACGACGAGUGA